GCAGCAUCCGUGAAGAAGAAGUCAUUGAUUAGAGCUCGGUACACAUGAAUAACCGCCUCUUGUCAGACAAAUGAUACAAACUCUGACGUUAGAGCACAAGAGCAGCUGAUAACAUCGAGCACAGAGAUGGCUGAAGAAGAAAUUGACUACAACAUCGUGUUUCCAGAUGCGGGGACAACCGAGAGACACUGGCAGGGGACAAAGGAGCCAGUGGUGAUACUGCUGGGCUGGGCUGGCUGCAAAGACAAGCACCUUUCCAAGUAUAGCGCCAUCUACAACGAGCAGGGAUGUGUCAUCAUCCGCUACACCGCUCCCCUGAAAACACUCUUUAUCUCGGAGCCGAUUGGCUACAAGGAGCUGCGUGGGAUGGCCCUGAAGCUGCUGGAGAUUCUCUAUGACUAUGAGGUGGAGAACAGUCCUAUUUUUUUCCAUGUAUUCAGUAAUGGUGGCUUUAUGCUGUACCGGUACAUUAUAGAGUUUCUGCACAGCGACAAACGGUUCAGUUCCCUCAGUGUGCUGGGGGCUGUUGUGGACAGUGCCCCAGGCAGUAGGGACAUUCCGGGGGCCCUGCGUGCAAUGACAUCCGUGUUGGGACCACGCGUGAAUCCUCUUUUGCGCUUCCUCCUCCUCGCAGUUUUUGCCGUGGUUAUUUUCCUGCUGCGAAUCGUGCUUUACCCGUUGACCAAGUUCAUCCACAAGAACCACUAUGAUGCCGUGCAGGACAGGCCACCGGUCUGGCCUCAUUUCUUCAUGUAUUCCAAAGCCGAUCAAGUUGUCAGACACUCGGACGUCGAGCUCUUCAUGGAAAGCUUGAAGCUGAAGGAUGUCCCUGUGGACAACUUUAAUUUUGUCUCCAGUCCCCAUGUUGGCCAUUUCCGAGAUUUUCCUGAGCAGUAUGCCCUCAAGUGCCGAGAUUUCCUGGUUGCUUGCGUGAAAGACUUACAAGGGACUGAAGUGAAAAGGAGACACCGAGUUCAAGAUCAGUGAGAAUUACAGGAUUUUGGGGUAUAUCUUUAGUGUCUAACUUCAUUUUUCCUCAGUGGUCUCUGCUAAGAAAAUGAGUAUAAAAGUGUUGUCAAGGAAGCUGGAAUUUGCGCUGAACUUGUAUAGGAUGUUUCUCCGUCUCAGUGCACAUAGUGGGAAGGUUCCACAUAAUAUGUGCUGAACUUAACCCAGCCCCGUGAAAUCCUGUGUCUCACAUGUGCUUGCCACAGAGGCUUAAUAUAGCGCACUCGGUAGUCGUACACCACAUAUACAACUGCUAUACACUGGGAUAUUUAAGUUAUUUUGGGUGAUUUAAAUGGUAUUUAAUAUUGCUGUUAAAUGUAAUGGAUUGUAGACGAGUAGUAGUGAUUCUAAAUGAAAUAGUUGGGAAAUAAUAAUCUGUAUAUUUAAGCUGUAAAGGGUAAGUGUGCAAAGGUGAUUGCAAUAAAGGCAACUUUGAGAAUUUGGAAUAAUUAAUCAGUUUAUGUUUUCUUUGAAUAAUUAAGUACAUGCACACCAUUAGAAUAAACAGCCCCUAAUGUGGUUUUUGAAAACGGAUUCAGUUAAAGCAAAGAGGUGAUUGACUAUGAAUGUAUGUGUUCAGCACAACCUAUUUGUACUUUUUAACUGAUGUGCCUUCAAUAAAUCAGAAUGCUCAUAAAAUA